AUGGAGGAUCCAACUAAGAAUCUCCAACGCCAGCAUCGGAAUUUCUGGUCCUGGCUCGCCACGAAUGGCGUGAAGGUGAACGAUGCGUUUUUGCCGGGCUCAGACGAUCGAACUGGUCCCGGUGUAUUUACAUCGCGAAACCUCAAGGCAGAUGUAUUGGCCGUCCAAGUCCCUGCCGCUCUUGUCAUCAGCUCGGUGCAAGCACGGCAAGCGCUCGAGGAUUUUGCGCAGCUCACGAGCGCUGCGGAAGCCAAGACACGGAAAGAAGAGCUCGCAGAGUUUUCGCAGCAUGAUAUUGUGGUAUUCUACCUUUUCCUCGCACGCAAGUUCGUCUCCAUGCAGGAUAACAUCGAGGCUGGCAGCUCAAGCAACGCAAGCAUCUCACUUUCCGUGUUGCGUCAUGCAGAAUAUGUGCGCAUGAUCCCAGAUCGCAUCAGCACUCCACUGCAUUAUCGGCCGGCCGAGCUUGGACUGCUACGUGGAACGCCACUCUACUCGGCCACUGUUGAACGCAGGGCGACCACACGCCGCGCGUGCCGACAGGCGCUUGCCUGGCUCGCAAGCUUGUCUUGGCCCAGUGCCAGGUCUGAGCCACUUUUACGGCUGACAGGUCCGAUGCACUCGUGGACUUUGGAGAGCAUCAAGGACCUGGAUGAAGACGCGUUGGACGAAGCGCUUCGGGAACCGGAAGAUGAGCCAUCAGCUCUCCAGCUUUGGCGGUGGGCAGAGUCCGCCUACGGUUCGCGCGCUUUUCCUCCGAACCUUGCCUACCCGCGCGCUCGGAAUCCAAUCAUCUUACGCGGAAGAUGCUGGCGAGGAAGCGAGCUUGGUCCAAUCUUGAUCCCAGGGCUCGACUCGAUCAAUCAUGGACGCGGCUGGAAAGUGACCUGGGAGGCCAAACGUGGCGGCGGUGACGAGGCCGAGGCCGGGUCAAGCGGUUCUCCGCUUAAGCUGGACUUGCCGGAUCCAUCGGACGUGAUAUUCCUCACGUUGCACUACGACUUGGAAGCCGGCACACAAGUCUUCAACAACUAUGGAGCAAAGAGCAACGAAGAGUUUCUAGGAUCAUAUGGCUUCGUAAUGGAGGGUGGGCCCGAUGAUUCAGUCUCACUGGUCGUCGGCGGUGGCGGCAGCGGCAGAAGCGACAGGCCCGACGGCGCUUCGCGACGCAGGUGCUACUGGACAAGGAACACUCGAGGCGUCCCAGAUGACCUCUUCGAUGUGAUAGUCUCGCUUCUUGGUAUACAAGUGGAGAGCGAAGCCGUCGCUGUCGCGCCAACGGAGUCGUGCGAUGACACGGAGCAAGUACGACGUCGUCAGGCUGUACGCAGCGACCCCGAAGUCCAGCUCGAGGUUAACGCGACGCUGGCGAAUAUGUUCGAGCAGAAGCUCGCUACCUUGCAGCAGUACCUACGAUCGAGAGACGUGCUUCCUGCCUCCAGCAAGCGCGAGGCAAGAACGCACAUUGUCGAGAUGAUCGACACAUAUGUACAAGGACAGCUCGAGAUCCUACAAUCAGCACUGGCGAUUACGUCUGCCAGAGCGGAUCAGCUCUCAGAGGAGUUAGACGGUAUCUGA